UCUCCCACACGGCUGCAAAGAUGCCUCCUCAGCUGCAUAAUGGGCUAGACUUUUCUGCCAAGGUCAUCCAGGGCAGCCUCGACAGCCUGUCUCAGGCAGUGAGGGAGUUCGUGGAAGUCAAUGCCCAGCUGUGCCAGCCGGAGCAUAUCCACAUCUGUGAUGGCUCCGAGGAGGAGUAUGGGCGCUUGCUGGACCAUAUGCAGGAGGAGGGUAUCAUUCGCAAGCUGAAGAAAUAUGACAACUGUUGGCUGGCUCUGACUGACCCCAGGGAUGUGGCCAGGAUUGAAAGCAAGACGGUCAUCAUCACCCAAGAGCAGAGAGACACAGUGCCCAUCCCCAAAACCGGCCCCAGCCAGCUGGGCCGCUGGAUGUCAGAAGGGGACUUUGAGAAAGCUUUCAACGCCAGGUUCCCUGGGUGCAUGAAAGGUCGCACCAUGUAUGUCAUCCCAUUCAGCAUGGGGCCACUGGGCUCGCCUCUGGCCAAAAUUGGCAUUGAGCUGACAGACUCGCCCUAUGUGGUGGCUAGCAUGCGGAUCAUGACACGGAUGGGGACAUCCGUCUUGGAGACCCUGGGCAACGGGGAGUUUAUCAAGUGCCUUCACUCUGUGGGGUGUCCUCUUCCCUUAAAAAAGCCUUUGGUCAACAACUGGGCCUGCAACCCCGAGCUGACACUGAUUGCCCACCUUCCGGACCGCAGAGAGAUCAUCUCCUAUGGAAGCGGUUACGGUGGGAACUCGCUGCUUGGGAAGAAAUGCUUUGCACUGCGGAUUGCCAGCCGGCUGGCCAAGGAGGAAGGGUGGUUGGCAGAGCACAUGCUGAUCCUGGGCGUGACCAACCCAGAAGGCAAGAAGAAAUAUCUGGCAGCUGCUUUCCCUAGCGCCUGUGGGAAGACCAACUUGGCCAUGAUGAACCCCACCCUCCCCGGGUGGAAAGUCCAGUGUGUGGGUGAUGACAUUGCCUGGAUGAAGUUUGAUGCCCAAGGCAACUUACGCGCUAUCAACCCAGAAAAUGGUUUUUUCGGAGUCGCUCCUGGCACCUCCGUGAAGACAAAUCCCAAUGCCAUUAAAACCAUCCAGAAGAAUACCAUCUUCACCAACGUGGCCGAGACCAGCGAUGGCGGUGUUUACUGGGAGGGCAUCGAUGAGCCGCUGGCCCCAGGUGUCACCAUCACCUCCUGGAAGAACAAGGGGUGGAGGCCGCAGGAUGAGGAACCCUGUGCCCAUCCCAACUCCAGAUUCUGCACCCCAGCCAGCCAGUGCCCCAUCAUCGACCCUGCCUGGGAGUCUCCAGAAGGGGUGCCCAUUGAGGGCAUCAUUUUUGGUGGUCGUAGACCUGCAGGGGUCCCCCUUGUCUAUGAGGCUCUCAGCUGGCAGCAUGGGGUGUUUGUAGGAGCAGCCAUGAGAUCGGAGGCCACAGCUGCUGCAGAGCACAAGGGCAAGGUCAUCAUGCACGACCCCUUUGCUAUGCGGCCCUUCUUUGGCUACAACUUCGGCAAAUACCUAGCCCACUGGCUGAGCAUGGCUCACCGCCCAGCAGCCAAGCUGCCCAAGAUCUUCCACGUCAACUGGUUCCGGAAGGACAAAGAUGGCAAGUUCCUCUGGCCGGGCUUUGGAGAGAACUCUCGGGUGCUCGAGUGGAUGUUCAACAGGAUUGAAGGGGAAGACAGUGCCAAGCUCACACCCAUUGGCUACAUUCCUAAGGAAAACGCCCUGAAUCUGAAAGGCCUGGAGGACGUCAACAUGGAGGAACUGUUAGGGGUCUCCAAGGAGUUCUGGGAGGAGGAGGUGCAGGAGAUCGGCAAGUACCUGGAAGACCAAGUCAACGCUGACCUCCCCUACGAAAUUGAGAGGGAACUCCAGGCCCUGAAACAAAGAAUCAGCCAGAUGUAAUCAUAGCCCGGGCGUCUUUCAAGUCAGCCCUUCCCAGCAUGCACUGGGAGCCAGGCAGAAGCCAGGCCUGCUCCAGCUUUGAGAUAGCACCUUUUAUUAGUCAGGGGAGUACCACAGAGAACAGGCUAGGGACAAAUGCGAUUGGGCGGGGAAUCACAGCACACGCUCCAAGGUUUGCUCUGACAAUGACGCGGGUUUGUUCUUCAAGGUCACUCAGGAAUCCAGGUCUUCCCCUUAGCUGUAGCAGUUAGCUAAAAUGCACAGAAAACAUACUUGAGCUGUAUAUGUGUGUGUGUGCGUGUGUUCGUGCAUGCGUGUGUGCGCGUGCCUGUGUGUGCCUGUCCGUCUCAUUGUCUACAAAAUAUUUAAUACCUUUGGGGAAAAUCUUAUCUGCUUUGGGGCAAGCUUAUCUGUUGUUGUAACUAGAGAGAUGUGUUGCUUUGUUGCUAGAAUGUAUGUUUAAGUUAUUUUUAUACACUGCCCUUCCUUACCUUUCUUUACAUAAUUGAGAUAGGCAUCCUGACCACUUCUUGGGGGAAAAAAUUACAAAAUAAACUUUUAUAGGAAAAGUGAA